AUGGUGGGGCCGGGACCCAGUGCCGCCGCAAUCGAGGAGCGGCAGAGAAAGCUUCAGGAGUACCUAGCAGCCAAGGGAAAGCUGAAGUGUCAAAACACCAAACCUUAUCUAAAAGCCAUCAACACUUGCCAAAAUCUUGCAUCUUCUAAAUCUACUCUUAGACUCAAAAAGGAUGUUCCCAAGCAUGCUGCUUUGCCUGUCAAAACCACAAGGCCUAUCAGCAUUAAACUCCAGCCUAGGUCCACCACUAUCACAAGGACCCAGAAACCAAACUUGGAUCCACCAAAACUUGUGGGCAAAAGGCUAACUUCAGGAUGUGUUUCUUCUAAUCUAAAUUGUAAGCCUUCCAGCGAUAGUCACCAGCACUUCAAAACUGGCUCAUCCACUUCAAGGGAUCCAUCCAGAAAACCUGUGGGGUCACUUUACAGACAGGAAUUGAAAACUGGAAAGCGGCAGGUGACAGAUCAAGGGAAGGAUAAAUGUCUGGACUUUAUGGACAAUUCCCAUACUGAAAAUGAAUCCUCUGAUCAUUUUCAAAAGGACAUAAAAAAAGAGAACUUGCCCCAAACCUUAUCAGACUCUGAGCAGAAGCCAGAUCCUGAAUUUUGUACUCUAAGUAAGACAAAGACUAAUUCUCAUAAUCCAACCAAGAGUAGGUUGGCUCCUGAACAAGCUUUGGGCAAAAGUUUAAUGAAUACUGCUAUUCUAAAAGACAGUGUUAAUAGACAAUUUGUUGGAAAAACACAAAUCAGGAUUAUACCAGUAAAAUCACAACUUUCUAGAGGAGCAGAUCUUAUGAAACCAAGAGAAAAAAACCCCAAAACAGUUCCCUCUCACUCUGUUAAAACCCUUAGUAGGACUCUGGCAUCAAAGAAACCAGGAGCCAAGGAUCAGGAGAAAGAAGUCAACAGGGCUACAUAUGAAAGACCAAAUAAAACUAAGUUACUUUCAAACCCUGUUAAUGAACAAAACAUAAAACAUACUAAACCCCAGACUGACACCAGUUUGCCUCAGGGAAGAAUUAACAACAAAUAUCCAAACAUGAAGCAGGACCAGAAGUCUGUGCAGCCUUGUUUUAGAACCCAGAAAUCAUGUGUACUGCAGAAUUCAAAAGCCAAAUGCCAGAGGCCUAGUUUGACGGUUGGUACCUUUCAUUCAGUAAUUCCAAGCACUCCUAGCAUAAGAGCAAAUGGAACUAAUGGAGAUAAAUGCAACAGUAACCUUCAACAAAAAGCACAAACUUUAGACACUAAGUUGAAAAAAGCUCUUUCCCAGAACCAUUUUCUGAACAAGACUGCUCCUAAAACUCAGGCUGGUUGCCCAACCAUAAAUAGAAGAGUUGUUCCAAAUGGGACUCAAACUAACCCAGACACGAAAAAGAAGGCAACAGAAGAUCGAAGGAAACAACUAGAAGAAUGGCAGAAGUCUAAGGGGAAAAUCUAUAAACGGCCUCCUAUGGAACUUAAAUCAAAAAGAAAAUUAAUAGAGAAAAUGAAUGUUUCAUUCUGGAAGAGCAUUGAAAAAGAAGAGGAAGAAAAGAAAGCCCAAGAUGAACUCUCCAAUAAAAUUAACAACACGCUGACAGAAUGUCUACAGCUCAUUGAACAGGGUGUAUUUUCUAAUGAAGUGCUUACCAUAUUGUCCAGUAUUCCUGAGGCUGAAAAGUUUGCUAAAUUCUGGAUCUGCAAAGCAAAGCUGUUGGCAAGUAAAGGCACCUUUGAUGUUAUUGGGCUUUAUGAAGAGGCCAUUAGAAAUGGGGCAACACCAAUACUGGAGUUGCGAGAAGUUAUUCUUAAUAUUUUGCAAGACCCAAACAGAACCACAGAAGCAAUUACCACUGACACUUUACUUGCUGAAGAGCUGAUCAAGAAGAUGGAAUGUGAAAAGUCUUGUCUUUCUCCAACUGAGAAGGAGCAGGUUACAGCAACACCUCAAGUAGCCAAGGCAGGCGAGCCUAAUCAUCCUGGCAUCAAAUUACAGAUCGCCCCAAUCCCUAAACUAGUUGGAAUGCCAGAAGUGCAAGACAUGAAGCUCAUCACUCCAGUCCGGCGCUCAGCGAGGAUCGAACGUGCCGUGUCGCACUACCCAGAAAUGCUCCAGGAUCAUGACUUAGUAGUUGCUUCCCUCGACGAGUUAUUAGAAGUGGAAGAAACAGAAUGUUUCAUUUUCCGCAGAAAUGAGGCUUUGCCUGUAACACUGGGGUUUCAGAUCCUUGACUCAUAA